GGCAGAGGGCGCCCACGUGGGCGUGCUGGAAACCUAGCGGCCGCUUCUAGGCAGCCAGUCAGCGGCUGCAAAACCACUGGAGCUUAAUGGCGUCUUUGUGCUUAGAGUAGCUGCUGCCUUCCCCCCCUUCCCCGGAAAGGCGCGAGCGGCGCAACUUGGCUGCGCGGCUCACGGAGCAGGGGGCUGGGUUCGGAGCAGUGCCCGUCGGGCGGCCGCCGCCCUGCCCAGGCUGCUAAGCGUGCGGUGCAUGGUCCAUGCAAGCGGCUGCAGGGCGCAGCAGGCGCCCGUUUUGGGGAGGCAGCCGGCGCAGGCACGGAGGCGACAGCAGCAUCUCUUCUUUCCCGCCGAGGCUGCAGCGGCAGACGGACUGCUCUGCAAUGACUACAGCAAGAUACAGGCCUACCUGGGACUUGGUACUUGACCCUUUGGUGUCCUGUAAACUCUGUCUUGGGGAAUAUCCCGUGGAACAGAUGACAACAAUAGCACAAUGCCAAUGCAUCUUCUGUACUCUGUGCCUGAAACAGUAUGUGGAACUUUUGAUCAAAGAAGGUCUAGAAACAGCAAUUAGUUGCCCUGAUGCUUCCUGCCCAAAACGAGGUCAUCUACAAGAAUAUGAGAUUGAGUGUAUGGUUGCAUCGGAAAUCAUGCAAAGGUACAAGAAGCUACAGUUUGAAAGAGAAGUGCUUUUGGAUCCAUGUCGGACUUGGUGUCCAUCUUCUGCCUGCCAGGCAGUUUGCCAACUACAAGAAUCAGGGCCUCAAAAUCCCCAGCUGGUCCAAUGCAAAGCUUGUGACAUAGAGUUCUGCUCAUCUUGUAAAUCCAAUUGGCAUCCAGGACAAGGCUGUCAAGAGAAUAUGCCAAUCACCUUACUCCCAGGAGAAACAAGUUCUGUGUAUAAAAUGGAAGAUGAUGAUGCUCCCAUCAAACGCUGUCCAAAGUGCAAAGUUUAUAUUGAGCGAGAUGAGGGUUGUGCCCAAAUGAUGUGUAAAAACUGCAAACAUGCCUUUUGCUGGUACUGUCUGGAAUCUCUUGAUGAUGAUUUCCUCCUUAUACAUUAUGACAAAGGACCUUGUCGAAACAAGUUAGGUCACUCCAGGGCAUCUGUUAUCUGGCACAGAACACAAGUGGUGGGAAUCUUUGCGGGAUUUGGUCUACUGCUGUUAGUGGCUUCACCUUUCCUUUUACUUGCUACCCCAUUUGUCCUUUGCUGCAAGUGCAAAUGUAAUAAAGGAGAUGAUGAUCCUCUACCUACCUAGAUCGUGAGAAGAUGGGACUCAUCACACACACAUUUUUUCCCCCUCUUGCACUUACAUUGUUGUAGCCUUACUUCCCCCAUCCUGCUUUUCUGUGACAGUGCCAUAAUUCCAGGAACUGUUGUUAGUACAGUUACAUAGACCAAGUACUAAUAGGUAAAAUAGUGGAAGGCAAAUCAGGUGUUUAGAGGAUGUUGUGGAACAAGAUAAGUGUCUGAAAUUAAGAGAUGAAGAUACUCUAGAUAAAACUAAUGGUUUCAUGUUGCCCACAGAGGCUAUAAUGGUGGACUAGGAACUGUGCUAUGGUGCAUCAGCAAAACAACCUAAAAACAAAUCAAAUCUAAUUUUUUCACAUAUACAUUUGCAUCAAAAUGAGGUGUCUUAUUGAUAUUCCUAUGAGUCACCUAUCAUUUAAAUGUGGCUUUAAUAUAUCUGUUUAUUACAACUGUGUUUUUAUUAAUAUUGCAAUGGCAAAAGCCUCUUUAGUACUUGUUUUUGCAAGUAUAAUGGAAAUAAUUAAGGUGCAUAUUGGCCAUCGUAUGCCUUUCUUGAAUUUUGGGGAGGAUACAGCUGGAAUUGCUGCCUUCCAGGAAUUUUAAGAAGUUUUACAUGCUAUUCAAUCAAAAACUACAUUUUAAAAAAUAAAUAUAUGAAAGCUGCAAGAUUGAGUGGUGUCACAAACCUGCUACCUAAUCAAGAUUCUUUUAAAAACGUAUAGUUGGUGUUGAUUACCACUGGAUCACAAGUCUUUUUCUGUGUGGUUAAUUUUUGCUGUUAAGGGGUCUGGUACACUUACAGAGCUACAUAACUUCUAAUCCAGGUAUCUCAGUUUUUUAUUUAUAUAUUAAAAAAUCCUCAUUAAACCAAAUGUGUAAAUAUCUGUGCUAUUGAAUAUUUGGAAGUUCAAGAUAGCUCGCUUCUGUCUUAAAGGCAGAUAUUGGGGAAAAAAAUUACAGGACUUAUUCUGCUUAUCACCAGAUUCUCAGCUCAACAAUGAUUUCUGUCUUUACAAUAUAUGAAAAGUACUAGACAUCCUUAUAAUUAGUAAUUAAAGCACCUGGGGUGUUCGUGAAAGGUCUGUCUACCAUUUACAAUAUAUACUCCAUUUCCCAGAGUUCAUAUCAUAUGUGCUGUUAAUAAUCAUACUGUGAGAAAACAAAACAAAUUUCUCUUCAAGGAUUAGUUUGUUUUGUUCCAACAUUACCUUAUGUGGCAUCAUUUUUCUUCUCUUUUUUUUAAUUUACAAUGUUGUAAGUUUUCCAGGGUAGUAAAAUGUCCAAAUUAACAUAUUGUUAAUAUACAGAAAUUACUCUUCUGCAGUAUUUUGUAGAAAACUGUAAGAGACCCCUUUGCAAAUGCAGGCUUCAAAAACAGCAAAAGAAUUUGACAAAAAUUUAAUGUAAUGGCCCUGAUCAUGGAAUGUGGUACACAUGGGCAGAUCUGUGUCCACACAGAGCCCUCUAUUCUGCAGAGCAUGCUAGUGGAAGUUAAACUGUGUUUGAGAACCUAAAGAUAUAAUGGAGUAGGAAAUGAUGCAGUGAUUGUAUAUGUGGAAGUCAGUGGGGCUCACCACCUAAGACAUGGCGGGAUCAAGGCCACAAAACAUAACAGCAGUCUGACAGUGCAAAAAAACUG